AUGUCAUCAUAUCUCGAAAAACAGGCAAACGCCUUCCGAGGCACCCUCUCCUCUGCGGCGACCAAGAUCUCCAACCCCUCGACCAACAAAGCCGCGUCCCUUGCUGUACCAUCAUCACUAGCUCCUUCUUCACCUUCACCUUCAGCUGCUUCCGAUCCUAAUACUCCUACUACCAAGCGAAAGCGAGAUGCUGCGCCUGAUGUCCCCUACUCGCAGCCACAGCUCACGGGCUAUGGUGCCGAGGUCAAGACUCAAAUGACCUUUGCUGUCGAAUACCUGAAGAAGAAGGGCGAUACAAAGACGAUUACGGAAAUCAUCGACCAUCUGAGUCUGAGAGGUUACGAUGAAGAGCACAAGCGCCAGCUGGCGGAGGGAUUGCGAGGUCAUCCCCGUGUGGACUGGAAACCCGACGCGAAUUUGAGCGAACAGACCUGGAAAACGGGCACAUACGCUCACCGACCCAUCAUCCCCGGUGUUAAGAACGCAACCACCCUUCUGGGUCACCUUCAAGCGAAGACAGAUGCGUCAGGCGUGUCAGUCAAGGAUCUCAAGGACGGCUGGCCCGACUGCGAAGACACAAUAUCAGCACUGGAGCGCGAGUAUAAGAUUCUUGUCGUUCGCACGAAGAAGGACAACCUCCCGCGAUACGUAUGGCCAAACGACGCUUCUCUGCACUACAAGGUCCAGCCAGAAUUCCAGUCCAUGUGGCAGCGCGUCCAGCUACCGCCUAUCGACGAGAUGCACCGCAAACUCACCAGCGUCGGACAGAAGCCCACAAGCGAGGACCCGCGCAAGACCAAGGACGGGCAAGGCAACAAGCCCAAGGUGCAGAAGCGACGCAAGGGAAAUAGGAUCGGAAAGGCGACCAAUGUCCACAUGGCGCAUCUUAUGCAGGACUACAGUGGUAUGCGACGAUAGGAAUGUGUACUAUGAAUUUAUGUUUAUUGCGAGGCGUUUGGUCAACGAGUUGA